AUGGCCAAAACAAAGCAGGCAGAUGGCAUGCAGACGGUUCUGGACUGGGACGACGCGGUUCCUGAUAAUAUCGCAGAGCGAUGGCGAGUAUUUCGAGACAACUUACUGAGGAUCGGCGAGAUAAACGUGAUCGCUGCUGUGUACCUAAGAGUAGAGCAUCAGGACGGAAGAUGCUAUACAACUCUGAUGGCAGCAAAAUCAAUGAUUACUCACACCAAGCCCUUAACUAUACCUCGAACAGAGUUAAGUGGAGCGGUAUUGGCCAUCAAAUUGGUGAGGUGGCUAACUAUGGCUAAGUUUCUGAGCUGCUUUCUGGUCCAGACUUUCUAUUGGACGGAUGCUACAAUUGUGCUGCACUGGUUGUAUGGAGACGUCAAUAGAUGGAAGACCUUUGUUGCGAAUAGAGUCGUCUUCGUUUUGAAUCAUUCCUCGCCAAUUCAGUGGAGGCACGUUAGCUCUACCGAGAAUCCAGCGGAUUGCGCUACACGCGGUCUCACUCCCAUUGAGCUAAAGGACUUCGAGCUGUGGUGGCGAGGGCCAUCGACAGAUUUCGGUCAAAUUGGCAUUAACGACGCCGCUUUAGAGGCAAAGGUGGCCAAAAUGCGAGUUCACCAUGCAGUCCCGCAGCCGUCGUUUCUUGAGAGAUUUUCAACACUCAGCCAGGCUUUACGAGUCACAGGCUACAUCAUGCGCUUCAAGGACAACGCGUCCGGCAAGGUAGACAGACGCCUUGGGCACUUAAUAACUGAAGAGCUCGACUACGCUUUAUUAGCCGUCGUGCGUAUCGUACAACGCGAAUCGUUCGCAACCGACUUGUCUGCAGUAAGGAACUCCAAACGGUUGCCCUCGCGGAGCAAAUUAUUAAAUUUGUCGCCGAUAUUAGAGGAAGGCAUCUUGCGGGUGAGGGGACGACUUCGCCAUUCUAGUUUGUCGCACGAACGUCGUCAUCCGAUAAUCCUGCCAAGCUCUCAUCAUUUCACCGAAUUAGUAAUACGUCACUCUCACUAUCUAACCCCGCACGGAGGCGCGCAGUUGACUUUGGCACACGCGCGUCAGCGUUUUUGUAUCCUGACAGGACGGCAAGCAGUUCGAAGGGUUAUACGGAAAUGUGUUCGCUGCUUCAGAACGCGACCAACUACUACGGCUCAGCUUAUGGGAGACUUGCCCGUUCAUCGAGUCAACCCUCCUAGUCGACCAUUCAUUGCCACUGGUAUCGACUACACAGGCGCAAUAGAGAUUAAAGCAGCGCGUCUACGAGGCACUAGCUUUUACAAGGGAUACAUCGCUGUGUUCAUUUGUCUCGCAACCAAAGCGGUGCAUUUGGAGGCGGUGACAGGUCUCACCACGGAACAUUUUUUACUGGCUCUGGACAGAUUCACCGGGCGACGAGGAAUGGUUCAGCACCUUUACAGUGACAACGGUACCAACUUUGUUGGUGCAAACAAUGUAAUGAAGACGGUGUACGGUCAGCUUCAAGCGGAUUACGAGAAGCUCAUCGCCCCCAAGCUUGCAUCGCAGCGCACAACAUGGCACUUCAAUCCUCCUCUGUCACCUAACUUUGGUGGGCUUUGGGAGGCCAAUGUAAAGUCGGUUAAACACCAUCUAAAGAGAGUCAUUGCAGAUCGUCGGCUUACCUACGAAGAGUUGUCUACGGUGCUCGUAAGCAUAGAAGCGUGUCUCAACUCAAGGCCGCUUUGCCCUCUCACGGCUGACCCGGACGAUCUAGAAGUGCUUACCCCAGCGCACUUUCUCAUCGGAGACUCAAUGCUGGCGCCGCCGGAAUAUCAACCACCAUCCAGAUCCUUCGCAGAGCAGUUUCUCAUCCAGCAGACGAUGAUACGACAUUUCUGGAAGGCGUGGAGUCAUACCGAGGAUACGCAUCCGAGCUCGCACCACAGCCUGGUGGACCCGGACAAGCGAGGAUGUCUCAUGCUAGGUCUAGCAUUGGCGGGCGGCAUAUUCAGUUUACUGCUUGUCCCGAUAGUUUGA